AUACAAGAGGCACAUCGCAUAAAAAGUUUCUAUAACUCAAGAGCACAACCAAACCCAAUCGACUAUCGUUCCCUUGAUGCUUACAGACAGCAUUCGUUGAGGAGAAGAGUAUCCAAAGAAGACGCCAAAGAGAAGCACAAAGUCUCUGAGAGGGAUCGAAGUUCAAACUUCAACCAAUCUCAAGCUGACCUAUGUUCACACCAGAAGAACAAAGCAUCAGUGCUUGAAGAAACCAUCAGGCAACUGAAGCAGCUGAAGUCGACAGCAUUUGAACUGAAUGCAAUAUGCGGUGGUGGGUCGGACUGCUUGUAUCCUGGUGGCGAUGAUGACGACAGUGUUGUGUGUAUUGAAGACAAGGAAGGAAAGGGAGAACAGCAGCAGCAGCAGGUUGUGAAGGUGAUGCUGAGCUGUGAAGACAGGAGGAAGCUAAUGGAGGAUGUUGGGAAGGCGGUGAGGACAGUGAAGGCUAAGGUGUUGAGGGCAGAGAUGGUGAUAAUGGGUGGGAGGAUGAAGUGUGUGUUGUGGGUUGAAGAGAUGGAAGGGUAUAAAGGCAAGUGCAUGCUAGAGAUGGCUCUCAAUGCUGCUGCAAGAGGGCAUGUACAGUAG